UAGACCUUGUUCUCCCCUUUGGCUUACGGUCAGCCCCUUUUAUCUUUAAUUCAAUUGCUAACGCAGUGGAAUGGAUUCUACGAUCCAACUAUGGCAUAGAUGAUAUUCUACAUUAUUUAGAUGACUUCGUGUUAGCUGGACCGCCAAACUCCAACUCAUGUGCUAAUAAGUUGGCAAUUGCUACCUUCGAAACAGCCCAACUUGGUUUUCCGUUACACCCCGACAAGUGCGUAGGACCUGCCACAUGCCUGGUAAUCUUGGGCAUCGAAAUAGACACAAUGGCCGAAACUCUUUGUCUCCCUGCGGACAAGUUUGCAGCAACUCUGCAGCUUCUAAGAGCAUGGUCAUCUCUCAAGUGGUGUCGCAAGAAACAACUCGAGUCAUUGAUAAGUGUUCUCCAUCACGCAUGUAAAGUCGUAUGGCCGGGGUUGCACGUUCAUGCGGAGAAUGAUUAAUCUCCUUCGGUGCUUUCAAAAAGACGACCACCCCAUUCGCAUAAAUGCAGAAUUCAAGARAGACUUGAAAUGGUGGUUGGAUUUUUUCAGUCAGUGGAAUGGGAUCAGUUUCUUCCUACUCCCACACCUCUUGCCUCCACCUACAGUCUGUGUAGGGUCAGAUGCAUCAGGGACACUUGGCUAUGGUGCUUACCUUGACUCUAAAUGGUUUAAUGGCAGAUGGUCUCCAAAGCAAACCUUUCUCUAUUGCCUAUAAGGAGUUAUUUCCAGUCGUAGUUGCGGCACAUGUUUGGGGUCCCAGUUGGAGAAGGCAACAUGUUUUGUUCAAGGUGGACAAUGAAGCAGUUGUAGCAAUUCUGAAUAGCCGGACCUCAAGAGACCCACAUAUUAUGGUUUUAGUUCGCAGCCUUCUGUUUGCAGCAGCUCGCUUUGGCUUUAUUUUUUCGGMCGAACAUGUGGCUGGAAUUCAUAAUGGUAUAGCUGAUGCUCUCUCUCGUUUCCACAUGCAGGUCUUCCGCUCUCUUGCGCCGAAUGCCAACCGAUACCCAGCAACGAUUCCAACUCAGCUUCUCUCCUCCCUGACUUUGGAUCUCUAGGUAACCAGUGCUUGGUYUAUCUAUCCRAAGGUUUAKCCCAUUCUACCCGCCGGUGCUAUUCUACAGCACAAGAGAAGUUUAUCAACUUCUG